GGAGAUUGACAUUAAAAGGAUGGGAGGAGGCAGCAGGGGCAGAACCAUUCUUACACGGGGGAACUGGGAUAAACCAAAGUACAACUUAAUGCAAAUAAAACAUAUAAUAACACAAUACAACAUGUUCAUGCAUAUUUAUUUUACUGGUUUCCUGUUUCACUUGCACCUAGUUUUUUAUCAGAAAGUACAGAAAGAACUGCUGGGUCAUCUUGCCCAGUCUCCCGCAGCCUCAGCUUUUAUUUUCAUCUGUUUCAAAGUUCAAGGGGUCCCUCUUAUCUCUCUGUCCCAGUUUAGGGCAAAUUUGGGAGAAAACCUCCAAAGGGGGGCCCUCUAGAAAGCAAACCCACACAGCCCCUCCCCCAACUGGUUUGGGAAGGUUUCCUCAGAGAGAAGUGGAAAGAACCUGUUUAUUUAACAGGCAAAGCACCCCCCAGCACAAAAAAUGAACAAUACCAGAUGACAACACUCUUUCACUGCUCUGAGAAAGAUGAAAAAUUCAGAAAGUCUCUCCUGGGAGUGGUCACCCUGUUAUCAGUGCCUCUGGCACUGGGGUGACUGUUGCAGCUGUUGCAGAAGUUCGAAAAUUAUUGAAAAAUGUAUUUUAGUUAAUAGAUAGAUGUCUAGAUUAGUGAAACAAUAUGAUAGUUAGCAUGAGUAGCAGUAGUUAUGCUAAGGCCGCAGUAGGUCCGGUAAACUUUAAGUGAACUUUAGUGCAUGGUAGAUCGAGAGAAAAUAUUAACUAGGGAAUGUACCUAACAUUAUCUAUGGAAUGUACCUUUUGGCUAAGUAACAAAUGUCAUGAUGUACCUAAUAAAUCUCAGUAUACCUCUAAAGAUGCUUAGCGAUGCACAUAGAUCAGAUGAAGCAAUCAUGUUAAGAAAAGUAUAUAAAAUCUGUAAAUUUUGUCGCAAGAUGGGGCUCUGACUUUGGACGAAAGUCCUCAGGCUCCCGGGCCCUAAUAAAGCACCGCAUAAAACAACUCCGGUUGUUUUGUGUUUUCUUCGGAUCGGGCAACAGUUUUCUGGCGACCGCGGCAGGACUCCGAAGGUGGCUUGGGCGGUUCACGUCCCGAUCCACUCCACGCCGGCACCGAGUGAUUCUCGGGGAGUCAUCGGCUCGUGUCCAACCCCUGCGCCUGUCGGACGACUGUGAGGAGGUAAGCCCGAAGGUGCUUUAUUUCUGGUAUUGGUAUUGGGUGCCUGUCCAUAAGACGAGGUGGCAAUCCUCGCAGGAUUGGGCUAAGACGUCUGGUUGGGAAGCCUAGGCACCGGCCAUCAGACGCGGCGAAAGCUGCGCAGGUCCGGCACUUGCCCCUCGCGGCGACGAGUAGUGGCAAGAUUGGUUUUGGUUGGUUUGGUAUCUAAUAGUAAUCACGUUGUUGUUUUUGCUGUUUGUGUUCGGAAUAAUUGAGCUAUUGAUAUUUAUAGUUUUGUUGGUUGUGCUUAGUGCUGGUGCGUCUUGGUAAUUGCGGCUGAUUGUUGUGAGGUUAUUGAAGUAAGAUGCCAUUUAAAGCGUUUAAAACUAUGGCCGAGUCUAAUAACAACAUACCGGGAAAUACUCCGUUAGGGUGCUUAUUGAAGCGGUGGAGGAGUGAAGGAUUUUAUCAGGAUUUGGAGAAGGAAAAGAUGAUUGAUUAUUGUAAUCAUUGGUGGCCAGAAUAUGAAAGGGUAGGGCCAGAGUGGCCGUUGAAUGGGUCUGUGGAUUAUGAGGUAAUUACUCCUUUAAUGCAGUUUCUAAAACAAAAUGAGAAAUGGGAUGAGGUGCCGUACUUGGACUUAUUCUAUCUCCUAAGGGAGAAAAAGGAGUGGCAGAAGGAAUGUGGAAUAAUGGUUUUGGAGUUAAAGAGUUCGGAAUGCGGAGGGUGUAAAGAAAAACCUAAAUGUACUCAAUGUUUGGCUCUAACCUCCCAACCAGAGAAGGAUUUAUCCCUGCUCGUGGCUCCAAAUGUUCCCCCAGCUCCUGCUUCGGCUUCCCUUUCUUCGUACCCGCCGUUACCUAGAGAUAGUAGUAGCGAUGAUAGUGAGGAAGAAAAACCGGGGGAGAGAAAGAGGGAACGCAAGAUUCCUAACGCAACUAUAAAAUUACAGCCUCAUACCCCCUCUCCCGGCCCUUCUGGAAAUGUGCAAAGAACUCCUCUUGCGAACAGGACAAGGCAAGGGCGGAAAAAUCUUGGGGAGCCCAAGCUAAUAGCUCCCUUAAGGGAAGCAGUGGGACCCCAAGGAGAUAGGGUACUAAUAAAGGUGCCCUUUUCUCCCGGAGACCUGGUAAUUUGGAAGCAGUCUGUGGGAAGCUAUCGGGAGGAUCCAGAAAGGGUGGCACAGGUGGUAAAAAUGAUAAUUAGAACACAAAACCCGGACUGGAAUGAUUUGCAGGUGUUGUUAGACACUUUAAUGGACUCCACAGAAAAGGAGAUGGUUUUAAAAGCAGCAAAGGAGAGAGCUAGAGAGGCUAUAAGGUUGCAAUUAGCGGAAGGAACCGUGAAUGAUUUAGUGCCGAGUGAAGAUCCGGGAUGGGAUCCAAAUACAAGCGGGGGUAUGGGUGCAAUUAAAGAAUACCAAGAAUUGUUGCUGGAAGGAAUCAGAACCGGUAUGCCUAAGACGUUGAACUGGUCUAAACUGUAUUCGGUGAGACAGGAUAAAAGCGAGUCCCCAUCAGCAUUCUUGGAAAGAUUAAAGGAAACUGCCAGAAAAUAUACUAAUUUAGAAGUGGAGGAUGAGCCAGGGAAGCUACAGCUCGCAUUAAUAUUUAUGGGGCAAUCUCAGGACGAUAUCCGAAAGAAAUUACAGAAAUUAGAGGGAGAGGAUACCCGCAACUUGGAUAAAAUGCUGGAGGUAGGCCAUUGGAAGAACGAAUGUCCAAAAAGGAACGGGAUGAACCGGGUGGGAGUGAACAGCAGUGUGGUAAAUAAUAAUUCAGUGGGCUAUCCGAUGACUCCAGGAGAUGUCGCUCAAGCUAUGGUCUUGGGAAAUUAUCAGAAUCAGAGCUGACUAGAACAGGAUUUGAAGGUUAGGUUAGAGAUCGAAGGGAAAGAGCAGGAAUUUACUGUAGAUACUGGGGCUACUUAUUCGGUUUUAAAUAAACGAUUGGGACCAAUCAGUGACACUACAGUACAAGUAGUAGGAGCAAUGGGCCAGUUGGAAGAAAGGCCGUUCCUACAGCCAUUAAAUUUGAGAUUUGGGGGGAAGGAAUUAGAUCAUCAAUUUUUAUAUAUGCCCAAUUGCCCUAAGUCACUAUUUGGGAGGGAUUUGCUAUCUCUUUUGAACAUGAAAAUUCUGUUUGAAGAUGGAAGAGUUAAAGUAGAAGUUCCAGAAGAAGAAAUAGCCAAAUUAUUCGUGAUUAGAGAAGUUGAACCCACCCCUAUCCCUGAGGAGGUAGAACAGGCCGUGGUACCAUGGGUAUG